CAGCUUGCAUUUGCUUCUGGUAGGGUGAGCGCUGGGAAAGGGGGAGGAAAGGAGGGGAGAGAAGAUGCACUCGGAAGAUGCACUCGGAAGAUGCAUCAUCUCCCGGGAGAUGGGGCACUAGCUCCGAGGCCCGAUUCUCGGGGGCCUCCACCUCCUCUAGGGAUGCUCUUCCCUCCGGAAGAAGUGCACGGCCUUGCUUCAGCCCUUUCAGGUCCUCAAGGCCGGACUCAGCCCAAAAGCAACUCUCGGGGGUUGCUGCCAGGCUUGGCCAGGGGAUGAGAAGUUUCGCGAGCUCUGCUUGGAGCACAGCGGGGAACUGUUCGGGACCCUCUGGGAUACGGCACAGCGUAGACUGGAACAAAUCCACCCCCAGGAAACAAACGGGGUACAGAAAUAAAUGAAAGCAGCCAUGGGUAUCAUAAAUAAGCGGAGGGAGCCAAGGCGGGGGCAGCGUCCCCCAGGGCCCGCAGCCCAGAGGUCACAGCAGAUGGGCAAGGAGCGGACCCCGGCUGAGGGCAGUGGAAAAGGGGGUCGUUCGCGUCCUGCCGACGCUUUUGGAGGGGAAUUUGUCCCUCUACGGGACACAGGUGCCGGCGCAGCUCUGUUCCGGCUUGGACGGGCUUUUCCUGUUCCUCCUCCUCCCCUUCCUCCCUCCCGCUGCACUGUGGGGUUCGGAGUCCCCACGCCGCCCGGCACAUAGAGAGCGACUACAUUUCCCGAGAAACUACAGCACCCUGGUUUUCCAUGCGUCCAAGAGUGCCUGUGGACAGAGAGAGGCUGCGUGGUCCACCAGAGCCUGUGUAGCUAAUGGCUCCCAGGAUAAUGCUGCUGUCCUGCUGCACAGCCAUGCCCAAGAAUGAUGGCACCAAAAAGCCGGCGCCGGAGAUGGUGCUGGACCAGCGCUGGAAGCUACAAGUCUGCUACCUCUGCUUCUAUGGCUUCAUGACACAGAUCCGGCCCGGGGAGAGCUUCAUCACCCCCUAUCUGCUGGGGACCGACAAGAACUUCACAAAGGCAGAGGUGACCAAUGUGAUCACACCGGUGCUGUCCUACUCCUACAUGGCCGUGCUGGUGCCCAUUUUCCUGCUGACAGACUACCUGCGCUACAAGCCCGUGCUGGUGCUGCAGAGCCUGAGUCACAUCUCCAUCUGGCUGCUGCUGGUGCUGGGCACUUCAGUCCUGGCCAUGCAGCUGAUGGAGUUCUUCUACAGCAUCACCAUGGCUGCCCGCAUUGCCUACUCUUCCUACAUCUUCUCCCUGGUCGCCCCAUCCCGCUACCAGCGGAUGGCCAGUUAUUCCCGCUCUGCUGUGCUCCUGGGGGUUUUCACCAGCUCCUUGUUGGGCCAGCUCUGCGUCACCUUGGGUGGUGUACCCUUCCUCACCCUUAACUACGUCUCCUUGGGCUUCGUCAGCUUCGGCCUCAUCCUCACCCUCUUCCUCGAGCGGCCCCGGCGCAGCCUCUUCUUCAAUCGGCCUGGGGGGGCUGGUGACGCUGCUGUGCCCACUGAGCUGGACAGGAUGGCUGGGGGGGACAGCGGGAGGGGGACACGGGGUUGGCGGGACAUGGUGCUGUGCCGGAUGCUGCAGGAGCUGGGAGCGCUGGCCAGGCAGCCUCAGCUCCGCCUCUGGUCCCUGUGGUGGAUCUUUAACUCGGCUGGGUACUACCUGAUGCUGUACUAUGCUCACAUCCUCUGGAAUGAGAUCUCUCCCACCACGGACAACCGCCGGGUGUACAAUGGAGGUGUGGAUGCUGCCUCCACGCUGCUGGGAGCUGUUGCCUCCUUUGGUGCUGGCUACAUGAAGAUCCGCUGGAAGCUGUGGUCAGAGCUGGUGAUUGGAGUGGUUACGGCAUUCCAGGCAGGAUUGCUCCUGCUUAUGAACUCCACCACCAACAUCUGGCUGUGCUAUGCUGCCUAUAUCCUCUUCCGUGGCUCCCACCAGUUCCUGGUUCCCAUUGCCAUUUUCCAGAUUGCUACCUCCCUCUCCAAAGAGCUCUGUGCUCUGGUCUUCGGAGUCAACACCUUCUUUGCCACAGUGCUGAAGACCAUCAUCACCAUCAUCGUGGCUGACAAGAGGGGCUUGGACUUAUCUGUGCAUCCCCAGUUUUAUGUGUAUUUUGGCUACUUCACCCUGCUGGCCGUAGUCUACCUCCUGGCGGCCAUCGGAGUGGGUGUCCAGCAUAGCCACCGCAGGCAGCCAGUGGAGCUGGCCCUGGCCAAGGAGCCAUGCCAGCUCCCAGUGGAAAUUCCAGCACAAGAGAAAAGCCCGGAGGCGGGCACCGUAUGAGCCUGAGCGCUGGUAUCAUGACACUGUGGCCAGCUCUCGGCUCCCCAAGUGAGCAUUGUCAUCGCCACCGUGUGCUUGGUAUCCUGUCCCACUGCCGGUCCUGGGUGCUGUUCUGUCGAGGAUGUAACUGCUGGGACAUGUUUUCUGCUCUGUGAGGACAGGGCUGUGCCCCUUCCCUGUCCCCACACACAGAGUGGGGGCAAGAUUCCCAUGUGCCACAGCUGUGUGUCACACAGGUGUAUGGAUGGGGACCCCAUCCCACUGCAUCCCCAUCAUGGCACAGAGCCAGGCUACAAGAGAAUGUUUCUUUAUUCAGUGCCUUUAGAAAAUGGUUUAUAGCACACAACUGAUGACAAAAAAAUAAUAUAAAGAUCCACACACUUUAAAUUGCAAUAAUUACACAAAAUACAGUAGACUGUAAGAAAUAGAGACCGUGUGACUCGCACAGCUUUUAUGGUAAUAAUUUCCAUAGAAUAACAAAAAAGCUAGUUACAAA